AUGAGAAACUUUAUUCAAUCUGUUGAUAUUGAAGCAUGGCAAAGAAUUGUUAAAGGUCCUGAAAUUCCAUUAGAAUUGCAUGCUGAUGGUUAUAGAGAAAAACUAGAAGAUGAAUAUAAUGAACUUGAUUGGAAGAAAGUUUCUUCAAAUGCUAAAGCUUUAAACAUUCUUCAUUGUGCACUUGAUGCAACUGAGUAUAAUCGUAUUUCAGGUUGUGCAUCUGCAAAAGAAGUGUGGGAUAAACUUGAAGUCACAUAUGAAGGGACUAAUCAAGUGAAGGAAUCAAAAGCAAAUAGGCUUGUUCGGGAAUAUGAACUAUUUGAGAUGAAACCUGGAGAAACCAUUUUAGAAAUGAGCAUAAGAUUUACUGAUCUGGUGAAUAUUCUCAAAGCUCUUGAAAAAGAAUUCACUGAAGAAGAGUUAGUCAAGAAAGUCUUGAGGUCACUACCUAAAUCAUGGGAAACAAAGGUUACAGUGAUCUUUGACACCAAAGAUUUCUCCAAAUUCACUUAUGAUGAGCUGAUUGGUUCUCUUAUUGCUCAUGAAAUGCUUUAUGACAAGAGCAAAAGCAAUGUAGAUGAUGAAAAGAAAAAGAGAGGAAUUGCCUUAAAGUCAAGCCAAGAGGAUGAAUUAAGGAAAACUAUAGCUUUUAAGGCUGCCUCAAGUGACAGCUCCAAUUGUUUAAGUGAUGAAGAUGAUCUUGCCAUGAUUACAAGAAGAUUCAAGAAAGCAUUCAAAAAGGGAGGUUCAAAAUAUAAGAAAUUCCUGAAGAAAUAUUCUCCCAAAGGUGAAACAAGCAAAGAUCAAAGUGAGAUUAAAUGCUUUGAAUGCAACAAACCUGGUCACAUCAAGCCAAAUUGUCCUAAACUGAAAAAGAAGAAUUCAAAGGACAAGAGCAAGAAAGCCUUGGUUGCUGGUUGGAUGGAUAGUGAUGAUUCCUCAAGUGAUAACUCUAGUGACAAGGAGGUUGCACACAUUUGUCUCAUGGCUCUAGGAGAGGAUAAACCAGAAAGUUCCCAACAAAGAGAAAUCAACGCUGAGGUAAAUAAUUCUGACUCUCUUAGUAUUGAAGAUUAUGAAGAAGCAUUUGCCAAAUUAUAUGAAGAAUACAAAGUUUAUAAGAAAAAAUGUUCUGCUUUAAAUAAAGAAAUAGCUUCCUUAAGAGCUGAAAAUGAUUCUAUGAGCAUUGUUGUACAAGAAAAUAAAUUUUAUAAAAAUCAAAUGCUCUUGUAUGAUGAGCUGAAUAAGGAGUUAGAAGAUUCAAAAAUUGCUUGUGAAAAACUCAUUGAGAAAAACAGGAUUUUAGAAACUAAGGUGGAAUCUUUGACCAAUGAUUUAGCUAAAUUCACAAAUGGCACACAAAUUCUUGAUACGUUACUUGGUUCUCAAAGAUUAUCAAAUCAAAAAUCUGGUCUUGGUUAUGAUGGAUUCAUGCACUAUGGAAAAUACAAAAAUUUCUUUGUAUGUCUUAGAAGCAAGCAAGAGUGUGAACAAUGGUAUGUUGAUAGUGCUUGUUCAAGACACAUGACUGGAGACAAAGAAAAAUUUUCAAACCUCACCUUGAGAAGUGGUGGACAUGUGAGAUUUGGGGACAAAGGCAAAGCUUACAUCAUUGGAAGUGGCUCUAUUGGGAAAAAUCCAAGCAUAAAGGAUGUCGCAUUAGUUGAAGGUUUGAAAUUCAAUCUCCUUAGUGUAAGUCAAUUAUGUGAUAAAGGUUACAAAGUUACUUUUAAUUCUACACAUUGUGAGAUUAGAAGUUUGCAUAAUGAUCAUACAUUAUUCAUUGCACCUAGAAGUGAAAAUGUGUAUUUGCUUAAUUUGAAUAUUAUUGAAAAUGGAAAUGAAAGAUGCCUUGUAUCUCUUGAAGAAGAUAGUUGGUUGUGGUAUAGAAGACUUGGUCAUGCUAGUAUGCAUGUGAUUUCAAAACUUUUAAGAUAUGACCUUGUUAAAGGUUUGCCAAAAAUUAACUUUGAAAAAGACCAUGUUUGCAAGCCUUGUUCUCUUGGGAAACAAACCAAAGUUUCUUUCAAAUCAAAGAAUGUUAUUUCAACAUCUAGACCUCUUGAGUUGUUACAUCUUGAUUUGUUUGGUCCUAUUACCCCUAUUAGUCUUGGUGGUAAAGCGUAUACCUUGGUCAUAGUAGAUGAUUACACUAGAGCAAUGAUUAGGCCACUCUUAAAGAAAACCUCUUAUGAAUUAUGGAAAGGGAGGAAGCCUAACAUCUCUUACUUUCGUGCAUUUGGUUGUAAGUGUUAUAUCUUGAACAAUAAGAAAGAUAAUCUCAAAAAGUUUGAUGUAAAAUCAGAUGAAGGUAUUUUUCUAGGAUAUUCAAUGCAUAGCAAAGCUUAUCGAGUCUUUAAUAGGAGAACUUUGUUAGUUGAGGAAACCAUUCAUGUUAUAUUUGAUGAAACUAACAACUUCUUGGAAAGAAAGAUUGUUUGUGAUGAUGAUGAACGAGGUGAAAUUUUUGGAAGAAAAAAGGAUGAGACUCAAAAGCAACAAAGUCAACCUAUUGAGCCCCAAAGUGCAUUUGGGAAUGAUAUUGACAAUAAAGAUGCUAAUGAGAAAGAUCAAGAAGAAUGGAGAUAUCAUAGAGAUCAUCCAAAGGAGGACAUAAUUGAUAGCCCUUCACAAAAGAUGAUGACAAGAGCUCAACUUCGAAAAUACUUUGGUAACGUUGCAUUUGUUUCUCAACUUGAACCAAAGUCUUAUAAUGAAGCUCAAAGUGAUGAGAGUUGGAUUCUUGCUAUGCAAGAAGAACUCAAUCAAUUUGAGAGAAAUAAAGUAUGGAAACUUGUUCCUAGGCCUAGAAAUUAUUCUAUCAUUGGUACCAAGUGGGUUUUUAGGAACAAAAUGGAUGAUAAAGGACAUAAUUGA